CAUUGUGUUUAAUUUAAGUUUCUUUUUACAAUGUUGUAUUACAAGUAUCUGUUCAAGUUCAUCAUAGUAGGCGAAACCGGAGUAGGAAAAACCUGCCUCCUUUUCCAGUACACAACUGCACGAUUCAAUCCGGUUCACGAGGUCACUGUCGGGUCCGGAUACGGAUCAAGAAUGAUCGCCAUAGACGAUAAGCCAAUAAAGUUACAAUUAUGGGACACAGCAGGAACAGAACAGUUCAGAGCAAUAACAAGAUCUUAUUACAGAGGCGCUGUUGGAGCUUUACUAGUUUACGACGUUACUCAAAGAAAUACGUUCAAGAAACUUUCAAGUUGGUUGGAUGAUAUACGUAAAGAAGGUGGUGAGAGUUUGACGGUAACGGUGGUGGCGAAUAAGUGUGAUGUUGAUAAGGGAAUUAGGGUUGUUAGUGAAGAGGAAGGUAAGGAAUUUGCGAGGGUUAAUGGUUGUUCGUUUAUGGAAGUUUCUGCUAGAACGGGGGUGCAAGUUGAGGAGGUAUUUGAUAUGACGGCUAACGAAAUAUAUAAGAAGAUUGGAAAAGGGGUGUUUGGGGAGGUUGAGGAAUCUCCAGUAAUUAGAAUUGGUAAUUGGAGAGAAAAAAAGAUUGAAGUUGCUGUUACUAAAAGAUUUAGCUCAUGUUGUGGUUGACGCCGUUGUGAAUUUGUUAUGUAGUUUCUUUUUUUUUUUUUUUAAUUGGCUUAGAAAAGGAUAAAUAUUUAUCAUUGGCUCAUAAUCUUUUGUUUUCGAUAUUUCCAAACACAUUACAAAAGUAUUUGUUACAUUCUGAAUAUUCGCGUACAUUAUAUAGUCAAACCUUUCUUUACCAACGACAUCGUUGGUUCAGAGAUAUUUUAGUUGGUAUAGCAUUUGAUAUUUAAAUAAUAAUUUGACUAUCAUAAAUAGGUUUAAUAUCAAAUUCUAAGUUUAAUAACCUUUUGUAUAAAGAAGGAAGUCUUCUAAUGAUAGAAAUAUAUAUUUAUAUAAUA